AAUAAAAAAAACUAAUACAUGUAAAGAAAAACAGCUCUAGAAGAAAUAGCUGAAAAAGAAUCAUCAUUCGGAAAAGUAUACAAAGUGGCUGGACCUCUAGUCGUAGCUGAACAAAUGACCGGUGCAAAAAUGUACGAACUCGUAAAGGUAGGAUGGAAUAAAUUAGUCGGAGAAAUCAUUAAACUUGAUGGAGAUACAGCUUCUAUCUAAUGUUAUGAAGACACCUAUGGAUUAACAGUAGGAGAUCCAGUAAUGAGAACUAAAGAGCCCUUAUCUGUUGAAUUAGGACCAGGAAUUCUCACUGAAAUAUUUGACGGUAUCUAAAGACCAUUAUAAGUUAUUGCUGAUGUAUCUUAGAGUGUAUUUAUCCCAAGAGGAGCUGACGUUCCAGCUUUGGAUGGUAAAAAGCUUUGGCAUUUUGUUCCUUCUGUAAACGUACGUAUAGGUUCUAAGGUCACUGGUGGAGAUAUAUAUGGAACUUGUCACGAGAAUAAUUUAUUUACAGAACACAGAAUCAUGAUUCCCCCAGGAAACAAAGGAGCAGUAACAUAUAUAGCCCCUGAAGGUGAUUAUAAUAUCCACGAAACAAUCCUUGAAACCGAGUUUGAUGGAAAAAAAUCCAAAUUUUGCAUGUCUCAUUUUUGGCCUGUUAGAAAACCUAGACCCGUUUAAGAAAAACUAGCAGGAAAUACUCCACUUUUAACCGGAUAGAGAGUAUUAGAUAGUCUUUUUCCUUCCGUUUUAGGAGGUACUUGUGCCAUUCCUGGUGCUUUUGGUUGCGGAAAAACUUGCAUUUCUUAAGCUUUGUCGAAAUAUUCGAACUCCGAAGUCAUUAUAUAUGUCGGAUGUGGAGAAAGAGGAAACGAAAUGGCAGAAGUACUUAGUGAGUUUCCAGAAUUGACUACUGUAGUGAAAGGAAAGGAAGAAUCUAUUAUGUAGAGAACAUGCUUAGUUGCCAAUACCUCCAAUAUGCCUGUCGCAGCUAGAGAAGCUUCCAUAUACACAGGAAUUACACUCGCUGAAUAUUUUAGAGAUAUGGGUUACAAUGUAAGUAUGAUGGCUGAUUCAACAUCCAGAUGGGCAGAAGCUUUAAGAGAAAUUUCAGGUCGUUUGGCCUAAAUGCCUGCUGAUGCUGGUUAUCCUGCUUAUUUGGCUAAUAAACUAGCCUAUUUCUAUGAAAGAGCUGGAAGAGUUAGAUGUUUUGGAAGUCCUGAUAGAGAAGGUUCGAUUUCUAUAGUAGGGGCUGUGUCUCCACCUGGUGGUGAUUUUACAGAUCCAGUUACUGUAGCUACUUUGAGUAUAGUGCAAGUUUUUUGGGGUUUAGAUAAGAAAUUGGCUUAAAGAAAACAUUUUCCAAGUGUAAACUGGAAUAUUUCUACUUCAAACUAUGAAAGGUAAUUAGAUCCUUACUUUAAUGAUUUUGAUCCUGAAUUUUCAUAUUUGAGAACUUAACUUAAAGAAAUUCUACAUGAAGAAGCUGAAUUAAAUGAAAUUGUGUAAUUAGUCGGAAGAGAUUCACUUUCAGAAGAUUAAAAAUUAAGUUUGGAAAUCGCCAAAAUCAUUAGAGAAGAUUUCCUCUAAUAAGAUGCUUUUUCAACUUAUGAUUAUAUGUGCCCAUUAUAUAAAACUGCAGGUAUGAUGAGAUGUAUUGUUACUUAUUAUGAUUUAGCAAGAAAAGCUAUUAUUGAGUCUUCAGGUGAAACUAAAUUGAAUUGGAAUUAUAUUUAACUUGAAACUAAGUCUUUAUUCACUUAACUUACUUAAAUGAAAUUCUUGAGCCCUAAAAUGAGUAGAUAGGAAAUAGCAUAAUAUGUUAAUAAAUUCGUUGAAGAUUCUAAUAUUGCUUUUAGAAAAAUGACUGAUAAUUGAGUUUAAUUUUCUCUCUUUUUUAUAUUUACAUAUAUGAUAUUGGAAAGUAAAAAAAACUAAUAUUUUUUUAUUAAAUACAUAAUAUUUAGUUUUUUUUUAUUUGAAUAAAAAAAUAAA